AUGGCGCCAAACCUCGCCCUAUCGCAGCAUGACCUAAUCCGCGACAUGAUACUAGAUGGGUCUUUGACGCAGGUACAGAUGGCUGACGUUGCCGGCUGCAGCGACCGCACGAUUCGAAACAUCGCCACUAACGUUCGCUUGUUUGGCGGAACGAGAGCGCCAGCCAACGGUGCGGGAAGACGGCGGCAGAUCACUCCACCUAUGCUUGAUGCCCUCUGCGACCGCCUGAUAGAAAAGCCGGGGCUGUACCGAGAUGAGAUGGCUGUAUUCCUGUACGAUGAGUUCGGCAUCUUAGUCUCAGUGUCUAGCAUCGGUAGGGCAUUGGCCUCUGUCAAGUGGUCAAAAAAGGUCACUCGGCGCAUCGCUAGCGAACGCAACGCUGAUCUGCGCGACUUCUACAUGCACAAGCUGUCCGAGUUCCGUUCGUACCAACUGGUAUACAUCGACGAAUCCGGGUGCGACAAGCGCAUCGGCUUCAGACGCACGGGCUGGUCGCCGCUCGGAGUAGCACCUGUGGAGGUCGCCCGCUUCCACCGGGACCGCAGGCACCAGAUACUGCCUGCGUACACACAAGAGGGGGUCCUUUGGUCCCGAGUCUUCCAAGGCUCGACUGACGGUGCAGUGUUCGAAGACUUUAUAGAGCAGCUCCUCCAUCACUGCAGGCCAUACCCAGAGCCGAACUCGGUGCUUGUCAUGGAUAAUGCUUCGUUCCACCAUAGCGAGCGAAUCACGCAGAUGUGCGAUGAUGCUGGGGUCAAGCUGUUAUAUCUGCCUCCGUACUCCCCGGACUUCAACCCGAUCGAGGAAUUCUUCGCCGAGCUGAAGGCUUUCAUCAAGAAGCAGUGGCAUGAGUUUGAGAACAGCCCGCACGAGGAGUUUGGAGCGUAUCUCGAGUGGUGUGUGAGUGUGGUAGGAGGACGGGAAGAUAGCGCAAAAAGACAUUUCCGGAACGCAGGCGUGAGUGUUGAAGAGCUCGACUGCUGCACCUCUCCGCGCUAG